AUGCUGUCUAUCCUACAUUUUUCUAGCUUUCCAAGAAGUAGGCUGUGGUCUACUUUGUCCAAUGCCUUGUUGGAUGAAAAAGGAAAGCAUCCAUUUAAUCUAAGGAGCCAAGGUUCACAGGCAAGGGGAGAACAAGGCCCGCAAGGCCCAGCAGGCCCCCCUGGCCCCAGAGGCUUCCCAGGACCUCCAGGAGAACCAGGAAAACCAAGCUAUGGAAGCCAAGGGCCUCCAGGACCUCAAGGACCCCCAGGACUUUCAGCGGCAGGAAAGCCAGGAACCGCAGGCUUGCCAGGAAGACCGGGAGACAAAGGAUUCCCUGGUGAAAAAGGAAGCAUGGGGCCUCCUGGUCUUCCAGGGCCAAAAGGUUCCCCUGGAGCUCCUGGUCCUGCGGGAAUUUCUGUGGCAGGGAAGCAAGGACUCCCGGGACCCCAAGGACUAAGAGGCAUCCCUGGGGAAAAAGGUGUUCCAGGCAUUCCUGGUAUUAAAGGGCAAAGGGGAGAAAACGGGCACGGGGUUCCAGGUCGGCCAGGGGAGAAAGGCCUGCCAGGGCCACAGGGGCCUCCAGGACAAGCAGGGAUAGGAAGGCCUGGGGAAAGGGGGUUUCCAGGGCAACCAGGUGUUAAAGGGGACAAGGGUUCACCAGGCUUACCAGGCCCUGUUGGACUUCCAGGUCCCCAAGGCUCUCCCGGGAAACCUGGAAUGCCUGGAAAAGGACUCCCCGGCUCAAGUGGGUCACCUGGCCUCCCAGGAACUCCUGGGGCAAAAGGACCCCCAGGUCCUCCUGGCUCAACUGGACCCUCUGGUCUCCCAGGGUUUGGAAAACCAGGAUUGCCAGGGAUGAAGGGAAACAGGGGGCCUGAAGGACUCCCUGGAAGUCCAGGCGCUAAGGGAGAACAAGGCCCAGCUGGUAUCCCUGGAAGAUCUGGACCAGUCGGGCCACCUGGGGAAACAGGUCCUCGAGGGCUAAGAGGCGCCACUGGCGCAAGUGGCAGAGCUGGGCUCAAAGGGGAAAGAGGCCCAACUGGUCCAUCAGGAUUCCCGGGGAUUAAGGGAGAAAGAGGCUUGCCAGGAUUGGAAGGCAGGUCAGGGAAGCCAGGGUUUCCUGGAUCCAAAGGCUAUCCAGGUGUGGCAGGAUCUAAAGGAGAUCUAGGCCCCACUGGGCCAACUGGUUUACCUGGACCAAUGGGCUCACCAGGACCCAAAGGUGCAGCAGGAAUCAACGGUGGGCCAGGCUCUAGAGGAUCACCUGGUAUACCUGGUAUAAGGGGACCUGUUGGUCCUCCAGGUAUUCCAGGACUCCCUGGAGGCAAAGGGGACCCAGGUGCACCAGGAUUACCAGGUCCAGCUGGGAUUUCAUCGAAAGGCACAGAUGGACCUAUGGGACCACCUGGACCACCAGGUUCCAAAGGCCACCCUGGGGAGCCUGGAUUGCCAGGCCCUCCAGGCCCCCCUGGUCCUUCAGGGCAAGCCCUGGCAGGAGUGCCAGUUAUAAAAGCUGGUGCAACUCAAGGUCUCACUGGCAGGCCGGUGUCCGCUUUCACUGCCAUUCUCUCCAAAGCUUACCCUGCAUCUGCUGCUCCUAUCCAAUUUGACAUAAUUUUGUACAACAAGCAACAACACUAUGACCCCAGAUCAGGCAUCUUCACCUGCAGGAUUCCAGGGCUUUACUACUUCGCUUAUCAUGUCCAUGUCAAAGGCACACAUGUUUGGGUUGGCCUGUACAAGAACGGCUCACCCAUCAUGUACACAUUUGACGAGUACAAGAAAGGAUACCUUGAUCAGGCUUCCGGAAGUGCUGUUGUUGAUCUCAUGGAAAAUGAUCAAGUCUGGUUACAGCUGCCCAACAAUGACACAAAUGGCCUUUACUCUUCAGAGUAUGUCCACUCCUCCUUCUCAGGUUUCUUAUUUGCACAAAUGUAA